GCGUGCGAAAAAUUAUCAUAAAAAGUUAGGCAAAUUAACCAGUGGCAAAUAUGAUUGGCGAAUGAAGAAGCGGAAGGAGGGCGUGAGGAAAGACUGGACGAGGAAGAAGAGACUGUUACUGAAGGCAGUUUUCCUGGGCAAGCAGGCAUUCUAUCGACUGCAGCUGCGCAGCGUCAACUACGAAUUUGAACUCAUCCAGGGCCUGUUUCUAGUGCUAGAGUGCCCGAAGAGAAAGAAAGAAAAGAAGGUGAUGUGUGUCCCACCUAAUAUCGAGUGGUAUUUCAAUGGAUUGCCGGUGCUCACCGAUUCGCGAUUAUCCUGGAGACCUAACAUCGAGUGGUAUUUCAAUGGACUGCCAGUGCUCACCGAUUCGCGAUUAUCCUGGAGAAUUUGGCCGCUUAUCGAAAAUACGGACGAUGGGAGGUAUGAGUGCUAUAUCGAUAAAAAGCACCGAGGAUCUAUUACCAUCCAUGUCAUCACUCCGGGGAUUUGGCCGCUUAUCGAAAAUACAGAUGAUGGGAGGUAUGAGUGCUAUAUCGAUAAAAAGCAUCGAGGAUCUAUUACCAUCCAUGUCAUCACUCCGGGGGAAGGUAUUCGGAGAGGCCUUAUCAACUAUCUGAUAACAAUGACGCUUGCCAUACCAUUCGUUAUAUUUGCACUGUUUUAUCGGGCGAUGCAUCCGCAACGUGAAUCAAUAAUACUGGACGAUCCAAUAACCGAAUUUUAUGAAAAAAUUCUGGAUCUUAAAAUGUCUCAGAUGAAGGGUAGUGUUGCCGACGAAGUGUACAAAGAACAAGCGGAAAGCAAGCGAGAAGAGAUCAGAUCGGCCUAUUCCCAACCAGGUGCUUAGCU